AUGCGCAUAAAGAUCAGUAUUUUUAUCCGAUCAAACGUUGUGGUCGAGUUGGAGGAUGAUGAAAAAUGCAUCUUUUUUUAUCUUCAUCUGCUUGUACAAAGCGUUGAGUGGGGACAGAAGAACGAUAGAACAAGACGAGUUUGGGAGCCAACUUAUACUCUUAUUUAUGGAGAUGCUUUGGACAACAGUGGGAUUCUUGACACAUCCAACAGCGAAAUCAUAAAAAUGAAUCGUAUUCCAAAAGCAGUGGCCGAUGGACUGCGGGUGAUCUCAUAUUUACAGCAGAUUGCCGCUAGCGUCCCAGAAUAUGAGACGACGGCGGAUAUUUUUGUUAGCGAGAAAUUAACUCAGAAAAUAAUGCAAAUACUGGCGGAUCCAUUAAUUGUUUCUGCUAGAGCUCUGCCGUCCUGGUCUGAAGAGCUCGUGUACAAUUAUCCAUGUCUAUUUAGCGGCGAAACUAGGCGAGUCUCUGUUUUUAACAUAUUUGCUUUCACGUUCUGUAUUGAAUUCUAUAUUUCGAGUAAUAGUUUAUCUUUAAAUAAUUCCAAAAACACGAGGUAUUAG